GCGACAAUGCGCGAGCAUUACGCUGCUUUGUAUUUGACUCUGGGUUUUGUAUCUCUCUGCACAGCUGUUUGUGAAGCGUCCACAGGAUCCUGUGACUGCAACAGAAUUCGUUCAUUGGUCACAAAUUGUAACUUCACAGAAGGAGUCGAUGAUUUUACAUGCGUUAUAAAAAAGAAAUAUCCUUUUUACAUCUGCAAGUGGAAACCUGAAAGAGAUGUCUCAACCUCCUACAAAAUCUACAUUAAACAGAGGCACUGCAGAUGUGCAGUGAUACAUCAGAAAAAUAGGAUUUCAGCCUCAGAUGACUUGCGUGUAAUAAACACAACUGCUAUGACAGCUUAUGUAAUUGCAAGGGAAGAGCAGUGGAACUGUACAUACAAACGCUUCAGUGGUAUUCUAUCACAGAUGACACUUUGUGGUCCUCCAUCAAAAGUAACUUACGAAAGAAGCUCUGGCCAAAUGUCUGUUCAGGUGGACUGGGUAGAUGACAGCGAGUAUAUAAAGCAGUUCUUGAUAAAGUACAGAGAGUUCAACUCAACAGGUUGGAAAGAGCAAUUGUCUAUAAAUAACAGAGAAUGUGAUAUAUGGAAUUUGACAUCUUCUCUGUCCUAUGAGAUGCAAGUACAGUGUAUUCCCAACGAAGAGUGUUCCCAGUGUCCUUUUGGUGAGCUCAUCACACUCCCAUGCGAACUUACAGAAGCACCAUCCAUCCAGCAUGAGAUUCAAGACCUCGUACAAAAUCCUCUCAUAUCAGCAGGACAGAGAAAAGUGAUUUUGGAGUGGAAGCAUGCAAACAGUGAGGCUGUAACUUACUACAAUGUGAUAGUGAAAAAAGUAACCGGAGAGUGCAGCAACUUUGCAACCAAAGAUUCGUCCCUCACCCUGUUCCUAUCUUACUCUGCCUACAACAUCAGUGUCAGGGGUCUCAACAGCGCUGGAUCGUCCCCUGCUGCCACUAUAACCAUAGAGAACAUGGAUGUUUGGACCGAUUGGUUUAGGCCAUUCAAUGUCAGCAUAACCAGUAACAACAGUUUCAGUCUGUGGUGGAGCAGCUCUAUUUCAAGAGUGUGUUUCUCUGUGGAGUGGUGGGCAAGCGGACAGAUACCAGCUUUCCGACCAUUUUAUGCAGACACACAGAAGACACAAAAAGACAUAACGAAGAUAACCGAGAGCACUUUUCAGCCCUAUACGAGAUACAACUUCAUCCUGCACACCAGACCAUACAAGGAUACCUGCAACAUGAAGAAUGUCAAUGACAGUGAAUUGACCUAUGGAACAUCGAAAGCGUACCUCACUGAAGGAAGUCCUAUCAGUGCUCCUGGAAAUGUGAGCAUUCGGAACAUUACCCAGCAUACGUCAGUGGUCACGUGGAGCCCUGUGUCUGAGGAGGACUUGCGUGGAUUUUUGCUAGGCUACAUAAUCUACUACACAGAGGACAACACUGAAGCAUCCUACAAAGUGGAUCCCAGUCUAAACAGCUAUGAGCUGCAGAAUCUGAAAAUCAACAGUGCAUACCGUGUACAACUGGCUGCGUUUACUGCGGCUGGGGAAGGCGAACGCAGCGAUCCCAAACCAUUUGUUACAAACCCACUGGAAUUCACAGCCUUGAGCAGCAUUAUAGCCGCAGUCAUCGUGGGAAUAAUCAUCUUUUUACUAGCUUUUCACCUCAGCUGUAGAUUUAUGCAAAGAGCCAAGAAGCUAAUUUGGCCGAGUAUACCAAACCCUGGGAACAGCAGUGCAGUUCAGAAAAUUGAAAUUGGCCACGAACUGGAUAUCCUUGAGCCUCUCAACAGACAUAAGUUGGAGGAAAGUGAGGCGUGUGACUCGAGCACAGUGUGUGUUGUUGAGAGCAGGAAGGAGGCAUCUCAUAUCAGCUCCUCUCCGACAUCUGAGGUCUAUGUGAAACCCACCAUCUUCCUCAGUGAAAAUGAAUGCAGCACAUCAACCUUGGAGGAGACCACAGACAGCUCAACAUCCGCACCCAAUGAGGAGUCUGCUGAAACUGAAAACUCUGCUUUGAGUGCUUCAGUGGACAAUGAGAACAAAGAGUCUGAAGAUCUUUUUAAAUCUCAAACUGACUUCAGUGUAACAGCUCCUGUAAAGCCCGCUGUGGUUUUCAUGAGUGAUUACACCACCAUGGAGUUUUUCCAGCAGGUUGCUAUGACUGGGAUUCAGGGUCCAUCCAUGAAAACAGGGAAACCAGGACUUGUUUCCGUACAUCCAGGACACGAUUAUGUGCGUCAGUCGUGCUUUGCAGGAAAUGAACAGCCUAGUGUCUCCUCAGGAGCUAGUAAUGGUACAGAUGUCUUACACAUAGAUCUCACUGUUCUGUGAGUCUGAGUCAGUAAGAUCUCUACUUUAAGGGGUUAUAACAUUUGCUUGAUUCCCUUACUUUCUGGCAUCUGAAUGUCAGUUAGAAGAAACUUGUGUCUGUUGAUGGGAGAAAGGUCAUUUGGACCAGAACAUCACAUUCAACAAUGGUUUUAUGUUUCCUGGAAGCCAUGAUAAUCGCUACAGGUGUAAACGAACUCCAGCACAUGUUGGAUUUGCCAGCCAGGAAAGACAGGAUUUCCUGAAUUUUUGAGUUGCGGGCAAUUGUGAAGUGUUGAAGAAGAAGUGAUGAAAGACACAAUAGCACUGGGCGACACACCAAUUUUUUUUCUGUUAACAAUAAUGCAUGCAUGUCUUCCAUCUUGGGCAUCUUGUGUUCCUGCAGCUCCAUCGAUAAAGCAUUGGAUAUGUCCAAAAUCGAAUACUGUGUCAGUACUGAAUCAGAUGAAGUACCUAUCUAUCGAACGUUAAAACAAGACGUUCUAAAGUAUAUGUUUCGGACAUACAGUACUACGUCCGCCAUGUAAUCAUUGUCAUGUGACCCACAUAUACUACAACAGUCAGGAAAAUAAUGUAAUUUGGUGUUGUUAUACAGCACAAUUUAACCACGAGAAAUAUACUUAUCUAUAACACUUAAAGAGUCAUCCUAACAGUUUUCCACUAUUGUUAAUUUAUUCAUUAUUUACAUUUAGCAUUUAGCAUCUCAUAAGCUCGCAUGGCAUUAUGAGAUAGAAUAGUGGCCAUCUAAUGCACACUCACAAAUCUCAACAGAAGCAGUCUAGACCAUCUGGGUAUUUCGUGCUGACUGAUUUUGCAUACUGAGGUUUUGGACAUACUAUUGAUGACGCAUGCUGAUUUUUGCCUGCUAUAGGAUUAAAGUGAUUUUAGAUGCAGCCAUUGUGUUGGCAGCACAAAGGUCAUGGGUUUCACUCCUAGCCUACAGUACAUACACUUUACAUCUAUUGGGAUCAAAAUGUCUGUCUGAAGGCACCUGGGGUAAGUGCCUAGUUAGGACCACAUUGACAAUAGUUGGUGGCUCUUUCACAGCACACCACUUCCUGGCCAUGAGCCACAAUAACUGCUGUAAUGUUAAAAAGCAUGUCAGUUAUAUCAAAAUUGAUAUCCAGACUCCAACAUCGCUAAUAGACCGAGCUGUUCCUUGAACAUUCGACCACACAUAUGUACAUACAGAUGUGCUCAAAUUUGUUGGUGCCCCUCCACAAAAAACUAAGAAUGCACAAUUUUCUCUGAAAUAACUUGAAACUGACUAAAGUAAUUGCCAUCCACCAUUGUUUAUUCCAUAUUAAAUAGAAAUCAGACUUUGCUUUUGAUUUUUUAUUCAACACAAUGUUGUAAAUAAUAAAACAAAUGAAAAUGUCAUGGACAAAAAUAAUGGGACCCAUAACAUAAAAUUUAGUUGCACAACCUUUAGAGGCAAUCACUGCAAGCAAACGUUUUCUGUAGCUCUCAAUGAGACUUCAGCACCUGUUAACAGGUAGUUUUGGCCCACUCUUCCUGAGAAAACUGCUCCAGCUGUCUCAGGUUUGAUGGGUGCCUUCUCCAGACUGCAAGUUUCAGCACUUUCCAUAGAUGUUCGAUAGGAUUCAGAUCAGGACUAAUAGAAGGCCACUUCAGAAUAGUCCAAUGUUUUGUUCUUAUCCAUUCUUGGGUGAUUUUAGCUGUGCAAUUCUGCUCCUUUCUCCGAAGGAAUGACAUCAAUGAAGAAUUCCAGUCUGGAUUUAGAGCAUGUCACAGUACAGAGACUGCUUUGAUCAGAGUUACAAAUGAUCUGCUAUUGGCGUCUGACCGAGAUUGUAUCACGUUAUUGGUGCUGCUGGACCUUAGUGCUGCAUUCAACACCACUGACCACAGCACACUCCUACAUAGACUCGAAAAUUAAGUCGGCAUUAAGGGAAUAGCUUUGAAAUGGUUUAAAUCUUAUUCAUCCGACCAUUUUCAAUUUGUAGCAAUAUACAAUGAGGUGUCAUGCAAAUCGCAAGUCCAGUACGGUGUACCACAGGGCUCAGUCUUAGGGCCUCUGCUCUUCGCAUUACACAUGCUACCUCUAGAAGAUAUAAUAAAGCGACACGGAGUUAGCUUUCACUGUUAUGCUGAUGAUACUCAACUUUAUAUUUCCUCGAAGCCUCAUGAAACACAGAAGUUCCAUCGAAUAAUGGAAUGCAUAGACGAUAUAAAAAACUGGAUGAAUAACAACUUUUAUUACUGAACUCGGACAAAACAGAAGUGUUACUUAUUGGACCGAAAACCGCCAUACGUAACAACCAAGAAUACUGUUUAACUAUUGACGGAUGUUCCAUAAAACCCUCAUCGUCAGCUAAGAAUCUUGGCGUUCUAUUCGAUAGUAAUCUGUCAUUUGAGAGCCACGUCGCCAACACCUGUAAAAUUGCAUUUUUCCAUUUUAAGAAUAUAUCUAAACUACGUCAUAUGCUGUCAAUAUCAGAUGCAGAGAAGUUAAUUCAUGCAUUCAUGACAUCAAGACUAGAUUACUGUAAUGCACUGCUAGGUGGUUGCCCUGCAGGCUUAUUACAAAAACUCC